ACCAAUAUAGGUUAUGUUGAAGACCUUAUAAUCAGCUGAUAACAUGUUUCCAUCGGUCUGCCCAUCUGCUCUCAAGCUUGGUUAUGUAACUUCAAAAGUAGAUCUUUAGGAUUAGUUGCCUAGUUUGAAAGUGUUCUGUGUAUUGAUCAUUAGUUGCAAUUGAGUGAGUAAAUAGUGUCAUAUAGUCAUAAUAAAUUUAACUAUGGAGUCAAACUAUGAUGAAGAUCUGAAUGACAAUACAUUUUUUCAGAUUCUUCAACAAAAUCAUUUGGAAUUGUUUGAGAAAGCUACUUUAGAUGGUUGGGUUAUUUGUGUGCCUAGAUCAGGAUCAUUACCUAAGUAUGUUUUGAGCCAUGAAGAUUUUUUCAAUCAUAUUCUAAUACCUAGUGAUGAGUUACCAGAAACACAUUUCCGUUCUUUGAAUGACAAAGAUGUUAGAAUUUGUAAUCGGGUGGUGACAGUUGAACCAGGUAACAACUCUAGUCCUUUCAGUACUCAUGUUUUGUUUGAGGAAACAUUUUACACUGAAGAUAUGUUAAAAUAUAAAAUCCUCUGCAUAGACAGUCCAUUAGAACAGUUUCCAAAUAAAUUUAAGAGUCAGUCUGAUAUAGUGUCAAUAGAAACAUUGAGAGACUGCAUUGAUUUGAUUUGGACCGAAAGUGGAAGUAAGGAUGUAUUGGAAAAAAUGGACGAGGCUAUAAAAGCCUUUCUUUUGAGAAACCAAAGGUUUGAGUUCAAACCGAUUCAAAUCCAAAAGGAUCUUGUGAGUAAUUUGUACAUCCAAUGUCUUCAAAUAACAAUGCAUGAUAGUCGAAUAAGAGAAAAAGCUAGUAUGAACCGCCAUUUUUUGGAUAAUAUUAAGUUGAGUGUAGAAUCGUAUGUACAUCAUGGCAUCUAUAAAAAAUUAAUUAAAGGUGUAACAGCAUGCACUGCUUUUGAAGAUAGCACCUUUAAUAAAAUUGUGCGUAAUCUUUCAGAUAUUCAACUUCGAGAUCUUGAUAUAAGGUCUGAUCUGUCAGACACUGUGCCUAAAGCUAGAAGUGAGUUGGCAAGAGUAGAUGGAUAUAGCACUGUCUUAGGUAAAGUUGGAUGUUUGAAAAGAACUUUGGCAGCAAUAUCAAAACAAGACACUUCUAAUUCUAAACAAGGAACUGUGGUGGCAGCUGAUGAUUUACUUCCAAUGUUGGUGUUUUUGGUAAUAAAGUCAGGGUUACCAAACUGGAUCGCUCACCUUACCUAUAUGAGACAGUUUAAUUUUUCAGCGUCCAAUGAUGUACAUGUAGAUCAAGACAGUUUUUUAGUGACAUCCCUUGAAGCAGCAAUUGAACAUAUAAGAUCAGGAAUUCUAACAGGACCUUCCUCCCCAGAAUCACAGCAAGAGUACGAAGAAGAAUUAGGUUUAUUGGAUUCACCACUUAGAAAAAAUAGCUUUGAGUGUGGGGUCUCUAAAGAUUUAAAAAAUGAAGGAGGUGAAUGUAUAGAAACUUUAACAUCUCUCUUUGAUGCAUCACGUCUGGGAAAUGAGGAGGAGGUUGAACGCAUUUUGAAAGAAUUUAGGGAUAACAAUGUAGAAACAAACGAUAAUGACCUUUGCAACCCAUUUUGCUCUUGUGAUAAAUGCAAGGAUAAGGGUUUUAAGAACCGUGGCAUUACUUUAUGCCAUCCUCUUUGUUCCUGUGACAAGUGUGAAAGUCAGGUGUCACAGAAACUUAAAAACACGACACCAACUGUGCAUUCAUGUGAUGAUCGUGGGUACACAGCCCUUCACAUUGCAUGCAUGUACGGGAAACCCAAAAUAGUCGAUAUUUUGCUUAUUUACGGUGCAAACGUUCAUGCCACUGACUAUUCUGGUGCUACUGCAUUACAUUAUGCAUCAUCACGAGGACAUCAAAAUGCUCUAUUGCUCCUCAUACACAAUGGUGCCAACAUAAAUGUCAAUGACAAUGAUGGUAACACUCCACUGCAUUUUGCUGCUAGCAAUGGCCACGAAGGAUGCCUCAAAGCUGUACUGUAUUUUUCUGAACACAAUGGAAUCAGUUUAAAUAUCAACAAGAAGAAUAACCAAGGUGAUACACCACUUCAUAAUGCAUCACGUUGGGGCUAUGAGAUGAUCGUGAAACUGUUACUCAAUGCUGGUGCAGAUCCUGGAAUUGAAAACAAGAGAAAGUUAACACCAGUAGAUUAUGCUCACAACCUCCACAUUGCACGUUUGCUACGCACAAAACCCACUCCAUCUCACGUCAAGUUGAUUGUGCCUCAUUUCAAGAUUGAUAUGAGACAAGACAUGCCGGUGGCUGCAGCGUCAAAAGUCGGAUUAGAUUUUACUGAUGAGCCCUUUCGAGUCAGAAGUCCAACGAGUGGUGAGUACCCUCGGACGACUGAGGAAAUUAAGAAAGUUGAAAGAGUUCUUCGUUGUAUCACUCAUGGUGAUAUUCGUCUCGCUUGUUUCUAUCUGGGCCUGGAAGACCAUGCAUCCUCUCCUAGAAAGAAAUGUCACCCGCUCUGUGACUGUAAGCAUACAGGAGGACCGGAUGAUUUGGGUUGUGUAACACCAAGUGAUGCUCUCCACGUAAACAUCUGCAAUGUGGAAGGAUUCACACCUCUACAUUUUGCUGUGAUGCACGGUCACUCAGAUCUGGUUGAGAUCCUCUUGGACGCAGGUGCGAUACCCAAUAUACAGACGAGAAAGAACAUCACUCCUCUCCACUUAGCUUGUCUUCAUCAGAGGCCACAGAUUGUAACCAAGCUUCUUGAAGCACACUGUGAUCUCAAUUGUCAGGACCUCAGUGGUAACACACCUCUUCACUACGCAUGUCAAGUGAACAAUGCGCGGCUGGUGAAACUACUCAUGGAACACAGUCCAAACAUGGCUCUGAGGAAUAAGAAAGGUAUGACAGCCCUGGAGGAAGCGGAGGACAAGAUGAACAUCACGGUUGCUCGUUUGCUCUCGCAGUGCAAGACUGACACAAAUUGUGGUAAUGGUAGUUUGUGAUGGUGUAAAUCAGUGGGACUGUGAUCAGAUUAGUGCAUUGUCAGGUUAAAAACUUGGCUAGGUUAUAUUAGAUAAGAUUUAGGAUAUUUAUAAAAAAAAGCUUAUAUAGACCUAUCGAGGUAGUUAUUUAUCUUUUUAAACUGUCUUAGAGAAAAUUUAUUUGUUUGAUCAGAACUUGGUUCAAUUAGUUAUUAACAUGUUUCUUAUGGCAAAAGCAACUUACCUUACGUGUGGCAGGAUUCAAUCUUGUAAAUUGUAUUCUAUAUGUGUUAUAUUUGAUUAUAAUAAUAUGACUAAAAGCCACAAUUUUAGAUUAAACAAGGUACCUAUGCAUUUGAAAUUGCUGUAAUUGCCCAAGCAGUCAGUCGCUACACCCAGCUCAGGACAAAAUUUAAAAGUCACAACAUUAUUUAAAAGUUGUGUCCUCUUUUACAGUGAGUGCCCUGGCAGUCAGCCGAAAAUCACCAAUUAUGUACAAUCUAGUCACCAAUCUUUAAAACACUCUUUACAAUAAAUACAGCCCUUAAUAUUUAUGCUACAUACUGACAUACCAUGUAAACAGGUAGCAACAUGAAAGAGUAGGAAAGUAAUAAAUUAUGCUAUGACUGCAUGAGCAGUCACCAGAGCUGACAGUAAUAGAAAUGUAAGGUAUUUCUUCUAGAACAAUUUGGAAACAUUUCAAACAUCUGCUAAUGCAUUCUUGAGCAUUCAGCCACAGCGUGUGUGUAAAUUUAUUUAUCACUAAUUAUGUGUAGGCCUAUACAGAUAAUAGAAAUUACUAAUCUAACACAAACAAAUUACAGCCUGUUACCUUAUAGGCCGUGGUGUUUUGUAACAAUUACAUAAAAAAUACAUAGGCUACUAUCCCUGUGUUACAACAUGUGUUAAUACAAAGUUUAAGUUUAAUAUUAUUGGAGAAUGUUGUACUUUACUUUGGAAUAAAUAAAUACUGUAUAUGAUGAAAAUAGUACAAAUGAAACCGUCAGGCCUUCAAGUAGGCCUAGUUUAUUUUCCUCUUUCGGAGCAGUAGUAAAUGUAACUUCUGGAUAAGUUGCCGUCUUUUUUCAGUUGUUGGUUGUAUUACUUUUCUGCCACUUUAUUAUGCUACCUGUGUUCAAUUCAACACCAAAACCACUAGUAAUUAUAGCCAGAUGGACUGGAAUCACUACCAUUACAAUAAUGGGCUAUCAUUGUGAUGAUUCUUUGUACUGACUCUGUGGUGUUAAAGUGAUGCUGGCAAUUAAAAUAACUAAAUAUAUAGUUUUGUUUAAAGUAUGAUUGAUUUUUAAUGUUUAAAUAAUUUAAUUACAAGACCCAUUAUACAGUUUUAAUCAUUUUACUUAUAAUUUUUGUACAUUAAAAUGAAAAUUGGAGUGUUCUUUUGAUUUUUGCAGCUAAUAGUAUAAGUGUAUUGUGCUUUCUAGUCUAUACAAUAGAUAUGAAAUGUAUUUUAUGUACAUACCUAGUAUUGUGCUUUUUUACAUUGAAUUUCUCACAAUAUUUCUAUUUCAAAAUUAAUUUGUUUAUUUAUAUGAGUUAUAUUAGGUACUCCUUAAAUUAUAGUACUGUAUGUUUAUUAUAUUGUAAGUCACAGGUUAUAUUAUUAUCUUAAGCAAGCUAAUACAGGUAGGCAAUAUUGGUGCUUUUACAAUUUGUUGUGUGGCUGCUACAUACUAAUUUAUGCUGUUAUUUCUUUUAAGUUUAUAUCCCAAUUGAAUAAUUUUUUAAUGUUCUUUACAAUUUUUAAUGCUAACAGAAUACACGUUUGUAUAUUAGUAACUUAAUCAUAUUUUGUCAUACCUGGAUGCAAGGUUAUUUUUAUCACGCUGUUUUACCAAAAUGGAUCAUUAAAACUUAUUAUUUUUAGAUCAUUGGUAGCUUUAUUAAAUUCGUUUACUCAAUGUUUGUAGUGGUAAAAGUGCCAAAUAAAAAAAAAAAUGGUGCCAAAUAGUGAAAAAUGCAUAGCAAUAAAAUAAAUAUUGUACUUAGUGUUACAGUCUUGGCUGAAAUAGUCAAGUGGACUGAACACAUUUUGUGCAGUGGUGUGAUCUUUAUGUGGAUUAGGUUGUUCCAUUUGGAACUUCAAAUAAAAAAAAUCUCAACUUGUG